AGACGGCGUCCGGGUUUUAGUAGAGACUAACGUACACCAUGAUAUAUGAAGUUGCUUUUUAUUGUGUAUAACCAUUACUUUAUUACGCAGAGCAUAUGCCGAUUUUUUGUUGUUGUCCUUCUUCUAACGUCUUCAGCUCACAUUUUACGUGGCCUCUAUUUGUAAAGUUUGAGAGAAAAUAUAGAUGAAUCAUUAACCGGAUUAUUCUAAAAAAGGGAGCCUGAGCUAGUAUAUAUGUUGGGCUGUCAUUUUUUUUACUGAUGAGUUUCGUGGGUCGAAAUCUUCAAUAUCUUUUAGAUCCAAAAAGGUUAGAGACUGGGUAACAGCUAUGGCUUCUCCACGAGUAUUCCAGUUUCUCUUUGUCAUGACAUUCACUUUGAUGUCGACUACGUGUGUCAGUGGCUAUGAUGACAUCGACAACGUGAUGGCAACCGACAUCGGAAGGGAUUUCUUCACGCUAAACUGGCAGUGGGUGAUUGAUGCCGACGAUGAAUACGAUCCAUGGGGAUGCCGAAUCAUCACCAGUCUCACCAGCAAUCUGCAGGUCGUCCAUGAAGUCGAAAUAGAAGGGGUUAAUACGUCAUAUACCGUCAGUGAAAAUGUGACGCAUUGGGAGUUAUAUAGAAGUUGCAUAACGCCGAUUUUGAUGAAUGGAACUGAGAUAAUAGAUGGUGAAGAGUCCACGUGCACCGACAAGAUCCAGACGCUGUACGACCCGUGGACCGAGAGAGCAGAGCUUGCGGUCAUCAUCACAGGAGGUCUUAUCUUCAUGGCCGUCGUGGCCCAAAUCAUCAACUUCAAAUGGCCACGAGAUAAGAAACGGACCUUUACACUCCCGGAUGAUGAGAACGAUGACGAGGACGACGAUGAUAAGGGAAGUGGUAAAACGGAAUCCAUACGGGAUCUAGAUAACCUCGGGUUCGAGCAAGACGAAGACGCGACAAGCUCGGUGAAUGAUUGGAACGCCGCCGCUGCAAUGGCCGUCGUUGAAACCAAUGGUGGGAAGGCGCGAGGCGGGAUUAAACAGUGGGUGAAACAUGCCGAUGUCCAACACAAGCAGAUGAGAUUACCUGACAACCUGAAGGACAGUCAUGACGUGAACCAUAACUACUCACAAGCCCAAACUGGUGGUCAGCCAGGCAGUCACUUCCCAGCUGAUGAUGGCUUCAAGGGCAACGUCGUUGGGUCCGUCGAAGAGGGCGUCCCAGCUGCCGAAGUGGACGUUCACCAUGUGCCUUACCAACCGGCACGUCCGAAUGAAGACCCCCUUCAUCCAGUGUAUCAGAAUCCAGAGCCUCACCAGCCAGCGGGCAAGAAUUCAGAGAUUGACGAACCAGCGUACCAGAAUCAAAAUCCUUAUCAUCUGGCGUACGAAAAUCAAGAACCUCAUCGGCCAACUUACCUCAACCAAGAGCCUAGUCAGCCAACGUACAACCAUCGAGAGCCUAACCAGUCAGUGUAUCAGAAUCAACAGUUCCCAGAAGACUACGGCCAAGGAAUACAGGAUGCUGCUGCCCGUGACCAUGAUUACCGUAACUAUGGUUAUGAAGAUGAUUUGGAUAAUUCGUAUGGUUACGACCAACAAGCACAGCAGUAUCCUACGGGCGGUGUUAUUGAGGACCAGUAUGACACUAUUCCAUCCGUCGAAGAUGAUCUUUCGCGGUAUAUGUAGCAUUGCUUUAUCCCCUUCGUAUCUCUCUCUCUCUCUCUCUCUCUCCCUAUCUCCCUCUCUCUCUC